AUGGACGCACCUCUUACUAUCUCAACCGGUGUCCCCGGUCCCACCGUCGCGUCUCCUGUCACCCUGGAUAUUGUCCGUUGCUCCCGUUGUCAACAGUCUCUCAGCGUGGGAACCCAGUCCAGCGGCGCCGUCCAGUUCGGCAUGAACUCCUACUACUGCAAUCGAUGUCGCUUCGACGACCUUUUCGACUCGCCCGGCUGA